CUGGCUAAAUGUUGAAUCAUUACAUAACAUGAAAUAAAAGAUUAUUUCGUUCUGAAUGCUCAACAGCUGCUGACGCUCAUAGCAGGUAGGGCCGGUGACGUCAUCAAGGUAGCUUCCUCUUGUGGCUGCGCGCUCAGCUCCUGGUGUUGUGGGUUCCAGGCUGCGAUGUCCUCCAGAGGCGUGUGUGAGGAGUGCUGCGUGUGUGGCGGACCCCUCCAGGGGAACCAGCGACGAUGGCUGUUUGCCGGUCAGAACCGACGCGGGGGCAGCAGGGCUCCAACUCCCACUCCUUCGGAGUCCCAGAGAGGGGGGAGAUCAGCCUCAUCAUCCUUACAGAACAGCCCCUGGAGUAGCUCGUGGUCUCUGGGCUCCUCGGCCUCGCUCUCCCGGUACCAGCUGGCUCUGAGCUCCCCCGCCAAGGGCUUGGACCUGCUCGCCGUGCUGAGCCACAUCCUGGGUCGGACCGUACCACGGGGCGGCAGCCGCGGGGAGUUCCUGUGCGGUAAAUGCGUGGCCAUCCUGGAGCGAGUCUUCAAGUUCGACUCGGUGAUCGCCCGCGUCAAGGUGCUCUCCUCGGAGCGCCUGCAGAAGCUGAGGGAGCAGCGAGACCGCAUGGGCUCCUGGGUCCGCUACGCGUACGGCCGGGGCCCGGUGGGGGAAGGGGAGGGGCCCGGCGGCGGCGGCGAGGAGGACGAGGACGGGGAGGGGCCGGGGUACAGGGAGAUGCUGCAGGACAACAUGUCCCUGUCGGAGUACGAGUGCUGGUCGGAGCGCUGGGACGCCUGCCCCCACUUCGUCCGCACCGGCAAGCGCUGUGGGCGGGGCCCGGGCUGCGAGGGCUGCGAUUCGCUGCGCGUGUCCGACUCGGACUACGAGUCGGUGUGCGGCGUUCCCCGCCACCUCCCGCCCCACGUGACCUCCUCGCUGGCCCUGUCCCGGAACAAGUCGAACAGCAUGCCCCUGCGCUGGUCCAGCCAGGCCUCGCUGGGCGGCUCUUCCCUCUCCUCAAGCCCCAGCUCCAGGACCAAGUCCGUCCAGUCGCUGGACUCCCUGGACAACGGCGGCGGCGGCGGCGGCGGCGCGGACCCGUUUGACGGACCUGGCGGCUACGUGGACCUGCUGCUCAGAGAGCUGAAGAACCUGGAGGGCAAGCCGGUCUGCUCGCCCUCAGGCAGUAGGAUCCCCCUCCUGGACAGGGGCGAAGGCCGCCCUCCCGAUCCGAAGGGAGCGGCGGUGGAGACGUACACGGUGAACCGGAAGCUGAGCUUCGAGGAGAACGGACAGAACGGACGGGACGGGCAGAAGAAGGACAAGGGGACGAGGGAUGUUCCCCUGGAUCUGGCUGAUGACUUCCUGCCUCUCCAUCUCCAGGGGGCUGCCGGGCGGCUGCAGCAGGCCCUCAGCCAGCUGGGGGGGCGGCUGGACGAGGUCCUGAUCGAGACCCAGUCUGCCCAGCUGGGACCUCCGGGGGACUCUGAACCCCCACAGAACCCCGGGAUCAACGGCUCAGAACAGGUGUGGCUGGCGACGCUGCGCUCUGACUGCCGGGCAGGGUGGAGGGUGGAGAGGGAGAUGGAGGAGAUGAGGAGGGUGGGGCGAGAGAGAGACGGGGACCUGCACACCCUCUCUACGGUGCUGCAGUACAACCAGGACCUGAUCAAUGACCUGCGUCUGACCCUCCGAGAGAAGGACGGGGUUCAGGAGGAGUGGGAGAAGGAGAGGGAGGUGUGGAGGAGCCGAGAGGAGGCGCUCACUGCCCUGCUGCAGGAGAAGGAGGCUCUGCUCCUCCGCCAGAAGGUGGUGCUAGAGUGCUCCCACAGGGAGGUCCUGGAGCUGACAAACUCUGCGAUUGGACAGGGGAUGUCAGGGGGCGGAGCGGAAGUGGCCUUAGCCAAUCAGCUGAGGGAGAAGGAGGUCUUGCUGGCUGCGUGUCUGAAGGACAGAGAGGACAUCAGUACCACCUUGUGGAAGGAGAUCAACAAGAUGUCUGCUGCUCUGCAGGAACAUUCUGAAAUACACAAGAAACAGAGGGAGUGCCGCCGUGUGGCGAUAGGAGGAGGGGAGCAGAAGGAGGAGGAGCCGAGAGAGGUGGAGGAGGAGGAGCGGAGGAGGGAGGAGAGGCGAGAGCGGCGUGGGCUUGAGCGGGAGCUGAAGGAGGUGCAGCGCAGCUUGGCGAGGGAGAAGGAGGAGCGAGAGAGGGAGGAGAGGAGACUGAACGAGGCUCUGGAGAUGAGAGACAGGCUGAUCGAGAAAAUCUUGUGGGAUUCAGCGGAGAGGGACCGACUCUUUAGAGACGUGCAACAAAAUCUGCUGAAUACAUCGGGAUCUGCUGUUCAAUACACUUAAGAAGGUUAUUCUACUCAUGAAGUCACUUUAGCAAGUGCUAACAUACUUUAUUAUAGUUACUUACA